CUGCGGGGCGGUGCCGGGACAGGAAGCGGAAAGCAGCAGCGGAGCGGCGGCGGCAGGGCUGCGCGGAGCCUCUGCACGGAGCCCAGCGCAGGCCGCAGAGCCGGGGGGCUGCUGGGCGCCGAGACCCCGCGCCGGGGUCGUCCGCACCCGCCGGGACCCAGGUGGAUGGUGCAGGUUAAGGGAUCUCUUUCAUAGCCUUUCUUGAGGUCGAAGAGUUGGAAGAUCACCCCUCCAAUUCCCAGACUCGUCCCCCCUGUGUCUCACGAGUGCCAUCUGAGAAAAGCACGAUAAGCGGUGGUCCUUCUCUCCCAAGGAAAACCAAUACCUGCCCCUUCCCCAAGGGCAAGGUGCCCUCUGCUAUGGAUACUGAAUCUACAUACUCUGGAUAUUCUUACUAUUCAAGUCACUCCAAGAAAUCUCACAGACAGGGGGAGAGAAAUAGAGAGAGACACAAAUCCCCCCGAAGUAAAGAUGGCAGCCGCUCCGAAAAAUCUGUCACCAUUCAGGCCCCUCCAGCAGAACCACUGCUGGGUAACGAUUCCACUCGAGCAGAGGAAGUACAGGAUGACAACUGGGGAGAAACCACGACAGCCAUCACCGGCACCUCCGAACACAGCAUCUCCCAGGAGGACAUUGCCAGGAUCAGCAAGGACAUGGAGGAGAGCGUUGGCCUGGAUUGCAAACGCUACCUUGGCCUGACGGUGGCCGCGGUCUUGGGUCUUCUUGUUUUCCUCACCCCCAUUGCCUUCAUUCUCUUACCCCCGAUUCUCUGGCGGGACGAGUUGGAACCGUGUGGCACAAUAUGCGAAGGGCUCUUCAUCUCGGUGGCGUUUAAACUCCUCAUCCUUCUCAUCGGGACCUGGGCCCUCUUCUUCCGUCAUCGGACGGUGGAAAUGCCACGGAUCUUUGUAUUUCGGGCCCUCUUACUGGUCCUCAUUUUUCUAUUUGUGGUUUCCUAUUGGCUUUUCUACGGCGUCCGCAUCCUGGACUCUAGGGACCGAAAUUACCAGGGCAUCGUGCAAUACGCGGUCUCCCUUGUGGACGCCCUUCUCUUCAUCCAUUACCUAGCAAUCGUGCUGCUGGAACUCCGGCAGCUCCAGCCCAUGUUCACCCUGAAAGUGGUCCGGUCAACGGAUGGCGAGUCGCGCUUUUACAGUUUGGGAAACUUGAGCAUACAGCGAGCAGCAUUGGUAGUUCUGGAAAAUUACUACAAAGAUUUCACCAUCUAUAACCCAACACUCUUAACAGCCUCCAAAUCCCGAGCAGCUAAGCACAUGGCUGGCCUAAAAGUCUACAAUGUAGAUGCUGCCCUUAUGGCCAAACUGAAACUUUAUAUAACAGAUGGCCCAGGGAACAAUGCUGCAGGCCAGUCUCGGGCUAUGAUAGCAGCUGCUGCUCGACGCAGAGACUCCAGCCACAAUGAAUUGUAUUAUGAAGAGGCAGAACAUGAGCGUCGAGUAAAGAAACGAAGAGCCAGGCUGGUGGUGGCGGUGGAGGAAGCUUUCGUUCAUAUCCGCCGCCUGCAGGCAGAAGAGCAGCAGAAGGUCCCCGGAGAAGUGAUGGACCCCAGAGAGGCAGCCCAAGCCAUCUUCCCUUCCAUGGCCAGGGCCCUGCAGAAGUACCUGCGUACCAGCCGGCAGCAGCACUAUCAUACCAUGGAGAGCAUCCUGCAGCACCUGGCCUUCUGCAUCACCCACAACAUGACCCCCAAGGCAUUCCUAGAACGUUACCUCAAUGCCGGCCCAACCCUGCAGUAUGACAAGGACCGAUGGUUCUCGAAGCAGUGGACACUCGUUAGUGAGGAAGCUGUCACGAAUGGACUAAGGGAUGGAGUUGUUUUUGUACUUAAGUGCUUGGACUUCAGCCUUGUCAUUAAUGUGAAGAAAAUCCCAUUCAUCGUGCUUUCUGAAGAGUUCAUAGACCCCAAAUCUCAUAAAUUUGUCCUUCGCUUACAAUCUGAGACAUCAGUUUAAAGGUUUUAUAUUUGUUGCUUUUAAAUAUAUAUAUAUAUAUAUAUAUUAUAUUGUGGGAUUUUUCUCUGGUUUUGGUUUCUCCAAUGCUGACUGAAACUGGCAGACAACAGACUGGUAUUCUUUGACCAUCUGCACUUUAUUUGGAAAAAGGUAGGGGACUCUUGUCCUGAAGAGAGACAACAAGAUGCCUGGCCUCAGUAGUUGACCCUCCCACAGAAGCCUUCUCACUUUUUGCCAGAGUCUUAUAGAUAGCUGUAAACCAAAUUGGAGUUGGCGUGUUCAUGGGAACCUUGCCUUAUAGCAGCUAGUCCUCAGCAUCAUUCAAUCCCCUCCCCCCAUCCUCUCCACUCUCCACUCUCCACUGGGUCCGCUUCAUGUACCCACAGGUUCCUAGAGAAACGCCUCUCUUCACAGUAAUGCUCCUGGUGUUUGCCCAGCGGUGCAGGGCCAGCCGUUCACAUUUGGAACAAGGUGACCCUCACUGGCCCAGGAAAGACGGGAAGUUGGUCUGCCCAGCCUGUAUUGUGUGUAAAGGUCUAGCACUGCUUUGUCAUCGUGGGCCAUGGGCCAUUACAGAAAAUGCCUUUUUUUCAUCUUUGCUGCCUUCAAAUCCUUCAGAGAAAUCACAGUGAAUAAGUGCACUAUCAGAUUGUGGUUCUUGUAUUAUUUGAACACCCCACUCCUUCCCUCAACCCCACUCCUCACUUCCCAAAGAUAACUACUUUGCUGUUUGUCUUACUUAGCCCUGUUUCCAUUCUGCCUGGAAGUGCCCCUUGGCUGUUGCUGCUGGCUCUUCUCCUUAGAGCUUGGAGGAGUACGCAGGGUGAAACCCCAGCCUUUGAAUAAGGGCCUCCAUGACUCCUCUUUAUCUACUGUAGAUUUGCACACACACAUAAAUAGCUACUUGGAAGAUGCUCACAGAAAUCUCCCUGCCAUUGGAGACUUGUAUCUCUACUACUUCCAAGAUAGGCCACUAACAGGGGAGAAUUCUAGUCAAAUUCAACAAGUGAUUAUAAAGCACCUACUAUGUGCCAGGGAAUGUAGACUGUAAAGCUGUGGUUUUGAGAUGAACAGGUAUGGCUGAGUAUCAUACAGCUUUGGGGCAAGGUGGGAGAGAGAGAGAGAGAGAGCGAGCGUGCGCGCACACGCAUGAGCAUGUGCCUUCCCCCAAGGUUGUCUUGCUAAGAAAAAUCAAACCAUGUCCGCUGUAAUGGAACCUAACCACAUCCAAUCCCUGAGUGGGAGUGAGCUAUCAGACAGGGGUCAGGUGAAUCAGAACUAGUUGCUCACAUGUCACUUUCAACGGGCUUCUUUCCCAUCUAUGUGGCUUGAGGAGCUGUUUCUAGCUGGUCACCAGCCAUGGUGCUGAGAGAAGCCGAACCCUGCCCCUGCAUUGUUGGGGGCGCAGAGUGGUUCGAUACUGUCUCUCAGGCAAAUCCAUCAUGGAGCAGGAGCAUCUUUUGCCUCUGGCUCCUAUGUCUCCACCACAAACUUUUACAGUUUUAUUUUAAAGCAUUCAGUAUUGCUUUACAGCCUGGGCUUUCAGGUCUUCUGUUCCAUUAUUACGUUGUGUUAGAUGGUUUCAGUGUCCAGCAUUCAUUGAUUUUGUUCAUUGAUUUUGGUGUGUUUUUCUGUUUUAGUACCUUGUAUAUCCUUAAAGAAAAUGUCUUUGGAGGUGUAAAUGACACCUGUUACUGAAAAUUAGACUAUCUUUUUGGGUUGGCAGUGUUGUUCUAAUUCUACAGUGAGGUGGGUAAGAGAAAAAGGGAAAUCGGGGGCGACUAGGUGGCGCAGUGGAUAAAGCACCAGCCUUGGAUUCAGGAGUACCUGAGUUCAAAUCCAGCCUCAGACACUUGACACUUACCAGCUGAGUGACCCUGGGCAAGUCACUUAACCACCAUUGGCCCGAAAAAAAAAAAAAAAGAGAAAAGGGGAAAUCCUUGGGGCCUGGCUCGGUGUGAGAAUCCACCAUUCAAUUUCUAGGACACCCCCACACACACCCCCACACACACAUGCACACCCUUCCCCACCCCCACUUAUGAGAAAUAAACAUCACUAAACCAUGCUGCUGCUCUCCUUUGGGAUUAUGCCCUCAAGGUCCCCUCAAAACCGAAAGUUGCUUAGAAUACUCAGUCACCUUCUCAGGAAAUAUAUUUUGUGGUAUGGGAAUGUGAUUUUAGUAUAUAAAGGUGUGUUUCUAGUACCAAGUGCAGAAUAGAUAGGCAUCUGCCAGAUAGUAAACAUGUUUCUUUUUAAAGGGCCCUAGAAUUCCAUGCUCUUGAAGGGAAAUGCUGGUGAGACAAAAAUUUUGGUCUUUAAAAAGAAUUCCUGCAGCUAAGGUGGCGCAGUGGAUAAAGCACCAGCCCUGGAUUCAGGAGGACCUGAGUUCAAAUUCAGCCUCAGACACUUGACACUUACUAGCUGUGUGACCCUAGGCAAGUCACUUAACCCUCGUUGCCCCGCCAGGAAAAAAAAAAAAGAAUUCUUUUGUGUUACCAAUCGGCCCUUUCAGUAACUCACAUGGAAGGAGUUAAACAGGACUUUCUUUCUGCCCCCUAUUAGUGCACUUUCUCCUUUGAAUUUCUCCAACUUGAGUAUAGUGACAGGCGAGUUCAUUUUCACUCUGCAAAAACCCCGUCAUUUGUGCAUUCCCAGCAAUAGUGGGAAAGACUGAAACUGAGAAACUAAUUUUCCCAUUGAACCCAGACCAGAUGUAGGAAGUCAUUUGGUUUUCUAAAGAAUCACUUUUGAGGGCAGCUAGGUGGCGCAGUGGAUAGAGCACUGGCCCUGAAGUCAGGAGGACCUGAGUUCAAAUUUGAACUCAGACACUUGAUACUUACUAGCUGUGUGGCCCUGGGCAAGUCACUUAACCCCAGUUGCUUCACCAAAAAAUAAAAUCACUUUUGAAAGAUGGAACCUGGAUUUUUAGAACUCUCUUGGAGUGAGUUUCUCAUGAAUGUGAUAAAGUGAAGUCCUUUUGCACUACAUUUGAUACUAUAUUUGUAUCUCUUCAGAUUGAGGGAAUAGAAACAAUGAAAGCAGUUGGCAUGUGGCACUCCAAAGCCGACUUGCUGAAACAUUAUGGCUGUUAAGUUUUCUCAUUCUAUCUUUCUGUCAGGACUUGUGACAAUUUUUUUUAAAAAGGCUACUGGGUAAUACAUACAUAUACAUAUACACAUACAUGUGUGUAUGUGCAUGUGUGUAAAUAUAUAAUACACAUGCAUAAUACCUAUAUGCAUAUGCAUAUAGGUAUGUAUGAUAUACACAUUUAUUUAUUAAAAGAUCUACACUUCAGCUGAAAGAGGCUUCAGAUCACCUUUAAAUGCCGUCUUAAGUUUCUUUCUGCCAUAUCCACAAACUGUAGCUUUCAAGUUUACAAAGUAGAAAUGCACAAACCACCUCCAGACUUUAUAAAGACUCCCCAUCUGAUUUUUCCUUCCUGGUGAAUUAUUAGGGGAUAACUCAAACUCAUAUGUGUCUUUGGUAUACAAAGUCACAGUAUGGCAGACUUCUUAAGUACCAUCCCAUCUUUUGAGUGUUCCCAGCCCUACAGGGUUUUUAAGCUUCCUUAGUAUUACUUCCUUAGUAUUACUCUGAGCACCCCAAGCCCUUAUUUGUGUAUUUAGAAAGUUGAAGGACUGAGCUCAAUCAAAAUGGAAUCUUUCACUUUUAGAUCUGGAAGGAGUUGUAAAGGUCAUCUAAUCCAUUCUCCUCAUUCUAUGAAGAAAGAGACCCAGAGCGGUGAAGGAGCUUGCCCAAGGUCACAGCUAGUAGCUAGUGGGAGAGCUGAGAUUAGAAGCCCAUUCCUCUUAAAGUCAAGACUUCUUUCCACUGUAUCUGUUAGUUCAAAUAGAAAACUAGUAUUCUGUCAUAACUUUAAAAAAAAUUUUAAAUCCCUUUUAUUUUUUUAAUAUAUGCUAUUUCCCUCAAUCACGUUAAACCAUUUUUUUUUAACAUUUGGGUUUUUUAAGUUUUGAGUUCCAAAUUCUAUUCUGUCAUAGCUUUGCUGAUCACUCACAUGGCCUCCCAACUCUUGUUAACACCCUCAUAAUCUAUUCUCUCUCAUUUUCUCCAAUCUGUAUAUAAGCCAAAUCCAUUUAUAAUAUAGGACAAGGGGGUAUCUCCCAUUCUUUGGUGUGACUAGAAUUUUGUUGUAUCAAGUAUUGCUGGCUAUUGGCUUGUGUUUGCGUAUCCUUUUUGUUAUACAGAGAUUUGGGCUGUAAUAGUAUUUAUUAUUACAUGAUUGGACCUCCAUCCAUCCACAUGUUCUCUCACAAAAGGGAAAUGUACUCAUUUCUAGUUACCCGUGAUUCCUGAGCGUAUGUGUGUGUGUCUAUGUCCAUAUCAUUUUUAUCCUAGUGUACAAAUUGAUUAUCAUGCACACCUACCCUACAGUGACAGACUGAAUUAAUUUCUUGGCCUCUCGGGGACGGCUAAAAGGGUACCACGGGCACACAGCACUUAGUUGGAGCCCAGGGAGGAUAGUAGACAGGUCUCCAUGAUGGAAUGAGUAUGCUUGUGUGUGAAUGUCUGUGAUUCUAAUAUAUAUAGGAAAGACAGCACAAAUCUGGAUACCUAUGGGAUACAGGUGAGAAUAUGUGUGUAUGGGUAAGAAUGCAUGGAUCCCUAUUUGUAUCUCCAUUUGUGUCUUUGUGUUCCCUCUCAGUGGUUCUCUAGCUACUCCUCAAGAGAUACUUAAAGCCACUCAAUGAUUUUGUUUUCAAAAUAAUGCCUCCCUGCCCUCCUGCUACUUACUUCUUCCUACUCCUCCUUUUCCAUUUUCCAAUACUUGAUUGAAGCCCAGUCACAUUGGUUUCUUCCCAGGAAUAACAAGGUGAGACAGGUAUCCAAUCACUGAGGGCAAGCUUGGAACCAAUAAUUAGCAGUAUGUACAACAUUUCUAGAUUAGUGAGACUGCAACAAAAUGAAUAUUUGUGAAACAUAACAGAGACCAAAUCCCAUUACAACAGUUAUUAUCAUUGUAUAACAUUCACUACAUUGGAGGCUUCUUGGAAUGCUACUUGCCCUCCCAUAAAAUAUGAGUUUGACGAUUUGUCCUAAAUCCUUUAGUAUUGGGAGUACCAGGGAAAUGUCAGACUUUAUAACUUAUAACAGAACCCUGCGUUAUGAACCAUGAAAAUGACAGAGUGAGGCCGUGGUCUGCAUGGUUCUAGUACUUGAGUAUUUUUAUUAAUUGUCCCUCCCAUAAUUACAAUGAACAAGUCAAUGUGUAGCAGGAUGAUGAUAGAAAAAGGCCUUGUGUUCAAAUUCUGAUUCUCCCACUUACUCCCAGUGUGACUUUGGGCAGGUCAUUCUCUCUGAGCAUUGGUUUGUGCAUUUUUAAAUGGGUUGGACUAGGUGACCCAUGAGGUGCCCUCUAGCCUCUUUAUUCAUGCCACAUAUGACAAAAUCCCAGUAGAACAAUAGCCGAUGUUACUCUAGUGCUUUAAGAUUUGCAAAUUGUUUUGUGAAUAUAAUCAUAAUGGAGCAACCUCCAGCUAGAAGAUUUAUCAGAUGAAAUGUUUGUAAAUAUAUUGUACUUGGCUUUGACCUGGGCCUUGAUAAGGCACUUGGGAAAUCCGAUGUAGAUAACAAUAAUAGUAAUAGCUAGCUAGCGUUUACAUAGCUCUUUAAGGUUUGCAAAGCUCUUAACAAAUGCCAUCUCACUUGAUCCU